AUGGCUGUCUACAUCGACAACGCCCUAGUCCGUAGCCAAAACAUUCAAGAAUACAUACAGCACUUACCGCGCGGACCAGCUGUUGCCGGAGCAUCAGUGAUAUGUGCAGGCAAGCAAGUGUUUGGCUUUUAUAAGAAUAAUUGUCUGUCUGGAAUCCUAUUUUUGGCUAAAGUGAUUGAGCCAGAUUCGGCAAGAUUGAGCAAGGCCCGGGGUAUAUGGGACUCCCUGGCGGUCUCUGGUUCUAGUGUUUCUCGUAAGCCUGUCUCCCCGCCUUCCCACAGCGAACACGUUCCAACAAUUGACAAUGCAGGGGCAAAGGCGCAGCUCUAUGGUCCCUUCGUCUCCUAUGCCCGCUCGGGGUGCCCCCGCACAGUUCCCAAUCAUCGCAGCAGCAUCAGCCGCACCAGCAGCCUCAGCAGCGAUGGAAGCAGCAGCAAAAGCAGCAGUGCCUCUUCAGAAGGCUCAUCGCGCCCUUCCUAUUACCCUACUCACGGAAGGCCGCCCCCACCCUCCGGCCCAGGAGCUCAAGCAGCCUUGGACGAGAUGUAUGGUCCACACAUCUCGGUGUUGUGUUUGAACGCUUACCUUAUACCCCCUAUUAUCUCUUGGAAUCCAUAUUUAUGGGCCCCUUUUUGGAGCUGCAAGAGGCCUCAAGCUAGAGCCGAGCAAAUUGGCCGUCUGGCUGCACAGUUCGACGUGGUGUGUCUGCAAGAAGUGUGGGGCACGAAUCUUGUGGGCCUUAACUCCACAGUGCUACCCACGCACAACAUUCUCCCGGACACGCAAUCGGGCAGCGGCAUCCCGUGGUUGGGGGAGUUGAUCGAUCCCGUCCGGUUGUACACCAGAAAGACCGGGGGUUUGUGGUUUGCUUGGCGCCUGUCCAAGUGCAGCCUUCUAAGGACGGAACGCCAGCUGUUUGGUUCAGAUUCCCGAGUUCCGUUCUCUAAUCAAAAUGUAACGGUGGUAGAGCUCGAUGUCUCCAACGUUUUCCGUGGCAAGCGACUCGUCUUAAUCGGGACUCACUUCAGUGUCUUGGGGCAAAAGCCCCGUUCCCACAACCUGGACGAGCUCAGCAGGUUCUGCAAGGAGGUCGUCUGGAAACAGUAUCUGCACUGGCUAGCCAGGCAGCUAGCGGGCACGGCGGGGGCUAGCGGGGGCCCGAACGCACCGCCGUCUUUGGUCGCAGAUACGGCGGUGCUACUCUUGGGGGAUUUUAACCUAGACCCCAUAAAAUGUCCAAAGGACUACCGAAAGCUGUGUACACUGGGGGGCUGCGCUGAGUUGAGAGAUUUAUUCAUCAAGGAGAACAACCCGAAUUACGCAGCGCAGUACACGCAUGUGUCACAAGAGGGGAGGCAGGAGAUAAAGCGGAAAGACGGAUCAAUACAGUUUACUGGCAACAGUCUCUUCCCCUGGCCAUUUCAGGGGCGGGUAGACUACAUGUUUGCAGUAGACAGUCUGUACCUCAAGCCGGACGAAGUUCUUUCUCUGGUGGAUCGAUUCCCUCCUGAGGAAGUUGUGGGACCGGACUUCGAAGAGCUGGACAUUCCAAUCCUCAAAGACGGGGGCCUCGUUAUUUCCUUUGAUAAGAUUAGUUGUUUGGGAAUGGAUAUCGUGGCCCAGCGGUAUGGGGAGGAGUUAUCGGACCACUGGCCUCUUUCGGCACGUCUCUGCCUAGGGAGGCCUAAGAUAAGGCCGGAAGCUCUCCCGUGUCCCCGUAAGGAGCAGUUGCUUAGGGGAGACUCCCUGUGCAUCGAUAGCUCGUAUGCAGGGGCCUCUCAGGCUGACCUUAUACACAGUUUACAGGCCGAACGGCAGCUGCCAGCCAACCAGUUAGCCGGAUGGAGACAGAGCAAAGCACCUGCUUUCCUCAAGCCCUCCCAAGAGGUACUGCGGCUGCGACAGCAGCGAGAGGAACGACGGCAAGCCGCUGCAGAAGCCGCUGUAGCGGCAGCACAAACAGCGGCAGCGCAAACAGCGGCAGCACAAACAGCGGCAGCACGAGCAGCGGCGGCAGAAGCAGCGGCGGCAGCCGAGUGGGAAAGGCAGCAGCAAAAGGCACAGGCAGAGAUGUUAGGCAGGCAGGAAGAAGCAGCGCAGCCGGAGGGGGAUUACUCUGGAGAGGCCGAAGCGUACGGAGAGGAGGCCCUUCAUGAGCCACAGCCAGGAGGCCCCCCAUCACAAUUUCUCCAGGGGCAGAGGGCAGAGAGGAAGGGGCUGCCCCUUGCAGCCCAACGAGCCGACGCCGCUAUGAAGGCACGGCGCAAGCCCUUAAGGAUGUGA